AUGCAGGGGAUUUCAGGAGAAAGAGAUGUGAUACCAUGUGACUCCCAAAGGCAACUGGCUGCCAAAACACACGAUGUGGUGAGGUGCCAGGAAUCCCCAAGGGUGAAAAACAUUGGAGGAAAGGUUGCAAGAAUCUAUUAUGUGAGGAAGUCCUUCAGCUGUGACGAAUGAGGACGUGAGGAAUGCUUCAGCUGUUUUCCUUACUUUAUUAGACACCAGAGAAUCCACACUGGCGAGAAGCCCGUUAGGUGCAAUGAGGAUGGAAAAGCCUUCGGUGACAGUUCUUCACUAAUCUGACACCAGAGGACCCACGUGGGACAGGAGUACGGGAGAGCCUCCAGUAGUAAUGCGAAUGUGAUCCAUCACCAGAGAAUCCUAGGGCACAGACCCUAUUCUUGCAUGGAGUAUGGAAAUAGCUUCACCAAUAGUUAUGAGUUGUUCCACACCAGAGAAUCCACAUUAGAGAGAAACUAUGACUGCAGUGAGUGUGGAACUUUUGUUAAGAACUCACCACCAAUUUGCCAUCAGAAAAUCCACACUGGAGAGAAACCCUAUGAACAUAAUGUGUUUGGCAAAAGCUUUGGAAGGACUUCUCCUCUUAGCCAGAAUCAGUGUAUCCACACAGUGGAAAAGCCAUGUUUGUGUAAAGAAUGUGGACAAGCCUUCAGUUUUCCUACAAAACUAACCUGGGACCAGAGAAUUCAUGGUGAGGAGAAAUCUUUUGACUGCCUAAAUUGUGGGAAAGCCUUCAGUCUUCAGGAACAAUUGGAAAGGCAUCUAAGAACUCAUAUUCAUGAGCCUUCCUACAUACAUGAAGAAUAUGGAAAAAUCUCCACUAGCAAAAGAAAUAUAUAGCAUUAAAGAGUUACUGGAAAGAAAUCCUAUGAGUGUAGCAAGUAUGAAAACUCUUUUAGGCAUAUGGGAGUCAAAAGUCCCAGGAAAUUAUCUGUGUCUCUGCAGUAUAUGUUUUUAGAGCCAUUCACGUACUGGGGACCAGCAGGGACAAGGAGACCAUGGUGCUGUCCAAGGUGCUACCUUUGCCUCAUCUGGAUGACACUGGCUGUUCUGUGUAAGAUACUCAGGGCUCCUCCUAGAAACAUGCAUGAGGCCAGCCAGUAG